AUGUUUCCUCGUCUUUCCCAUUUGCUGCUUUCCUUACAAUAUAUUUUAUUAGCAGCAAACCCUAGGGGCCCCCUACAGGGUUCACCCUCUCUGUUAAGGGGUCUUGGGGGCCCCCAUGGUGGACCUCUAUAUUGGGAGUCCCCACUGGGUACCAAAUCGAGGGGGCCCCUUAGGGGGCCCCUAGGGGGCCCCCUUGCAGUUAGGAGGGCACUUCUUAAGGCACUGACUAUUGUUGUUGAAUCUUUAGAUGAUGAAGACCCAAGAGUACGUGCUGUUGCACAAAAAUGGAUUGUUGCAGGCGAGCCUGCAGCAGCUGCAGCAGCAGCAACAGCAGCAGCAGCAGCAGCAGCAGCAGCCGGGGACAAGAUCAAUAGUUUUGCUGCUAUGAGAGAAAUAGAUGAAUUGAUUCGUUCUGUCUUAGAGAAACCAACAGCAACAGCAGAUGCUUCCCUUUGCUGCUGGGUAGACAGACAAGACACGAUAGCAGCAGCAGCAGCAAUAACAACAACAGCAGCAGCAGCAGCAGAAGCUGCUGCUGCUGCUGCUGCUGCUGCUGCAGCACAAUAUGAAAUCGUUCCUGCAGGCGCCUGUACAAUACACCCUCCAGCAGUUAUGCAGCUGCUUGGUGAGGGGAAGUUGAAUGCUGCAUUUGCUGCUGCAGCAGCAGCAGCAGCAGCAGCAAGCUGCAUGCUAGCUAGCACAGAUCCAGAGGAAGCGCAGCAAAGGAAGUCUUCGCUCUUCUCCUCCUUACGAGCAGUACGCGGCCAUUUGAAGCUAUGCCGCUUACUGCAGCAGCAGCAGCAACAGCAGCAGCAGCAGCAACAACAACUGGCAAACAAAGAAGAAGGUGCGCUUGCAGACGCACUGUACAGCAGCAGCAGCAGCAGCAGCAGCAACAGCAGCAGCAGCAGCACCGGGAUAGAUGAUGUAGAAAGUUUUGUUCUUGUCAGCGCAGGCCUGAACUUAGAGGCUGCUGCUGCUUCUCUGUGUCGUCUCUGUCGUUUGCGCGCUCCUAGCAGCAGCAGCAGCAGCAGCAGCAGCUACAGCAGCAGCAGCAGCAGCAGAAUGGGUCGUGCUGCUGCGCUGCUGUUAGCCCCUGAGAAGGGAGCAACAGAAGCAGCACUAAAAUCCGAAGUAAUAAUUGCUCAGCUGUAUCCUCCAGCUAACCGUGCAGCAGCAACAGCAGCAGUAGCAGCAGCAACAGCAGCAGCAGCAGCAGCAGCAACUGGCACAGGAUCAGCUGCAGCAGCUGCAGCAGCAGCAGGGGGUGUAGGUGCAGGAGGAGCAGCAGCAAUACUGCCAGACUUGCUGCUGCUUCCUUGCGAUCUUGUUGCUGCUGAGGGUUGUGCUGCAGCAACAGAGACAAUUAUAUUAACUAUAUCUGCUGUUGCUUCCUCCCUUCCCCCUUUGCUGCUAGGGGAGCUGCUGCUGCUGCUGCUGCAGGCAGCGCAGCGCGGCAUCUAUAUGCCGCAGAUACAAAGGAACCGCGCGCCGCUGCUGCUGCUGCUGCUGCUGCGACAGGCGGAGGCACUCGUAGCAGCAGCAGCAUUAUUAUCCUCUAUUUUAAAUGAUAUAAGAACAGAGGAGCAGCACAAAUGCUCGUCCAGCAGCAGCAACAGCAGCAGCAGCAACAGCAGCAGCAGCAGCAGCAGCAGCAGCAAGGAUACAGCAGAUAUACAAAGGAGCCACCAGCUAGUUUCCCACCUUGACCAGGCACUUGCACUGCUGCUAGAACUCCAGCUCGUUGAGCAGCAGCAGCUACAGCAGCAUCAGCAGCAGCAACAGCAACAGCAGCAGCAGCACGAAGACAGUGCGUCGCGCUGCUGUUGCUUCUAUUGCUGCAGAGAAGGAGAAGAUUUGCUGGAGGCAGGUGUAGGUUUGCUGCCUCAAUAUACUGACAAAGAUGCAGCAGCAGCAGCAGCAGCAUAUGAAUCCUUAAUUUGCUGCUGCAUGCGAUUAACAAUAGAUGCAUUAGGUAAGCUUAGGGGCCCAUCUGCGGUGUAUGCGCAGCUCCCGCUGCUGCUGCUUGGCCUCAUGGAGGCAGCAGGCAGCACAGAGCAGCUCGUUGCACAUGCAGCUGUCUGUACACUGCAAACCCUGCAUGAUGCGCUAGGUAACUGCCGCUACCAAGGAGAAGCAGCAGAAGCAGCAGCAGCAACAGCAGCAGAAGCAGCAACAGCAACAACGACAGCGAGGUCCACAAUAGAGCUGGAGAAACAAGCGCAGAAGGUGCAGCCAGCAGCGGGAGAAAAGGGAGACACACAGCAGCAGCAGCAGCAACAGCAGCAAACAGAUGCAUGCAUUAAGACAGAAGCAAACAUUGUUAAGGCACAACGAGAAGAUCGGCAGCAGCAGCAGCAGCAGCAAGGCGGCGCUCUCCCCUGCUGCAGAGAGUGCGCGUAUACACGACAGGCAGAAGCAGCAGCAGCAACAGCCAGUGCAGCAGCAGCAACAACAAUAGCAGCAGGAGGGAGAUGUACUGAUGGGCCGCGGUGUCUGCUGCAGACAGAAGGGGCUUUGCUGCUAGACGAGUUAGCUUGCCGCAUGCAGCAGCUCCUGCAGAUGCAGCGGCAGCAACUGGUGCAGCAGCAGCAACACCAGCGUCAUCAUCAUCAUCAGCUGCUGCUGCUGCAGCAGCAGCAGCAAGAAGAACCACGAAUCGUAUCCUUACUCUCUGCUGUUAUUGCCUUAGCCCCUCCCUCUCUAUUAGGUCCAGUAGGCUCUCUUCUUACGUUGCUGCUGCAGCAGCAGCAGGUGCUGCAGGAGCAUGCAGAGCAGCAGUUGCUGCAGCAACAGGAGCAGCUACUGCUGCAGCAGCAGCAGCACCUGCUGCAGCAACCUGCUGCCUCUGUUCCUGUAUGGAUACUGCGCUUAUUUGCUGCUUUUUCUUUUUGCCUAUCUAGUGUAUUAACGGCAGAAAGAAGAAAAAAAUAUUUUUCUUCUCUUUCUCCUUUUGUUUGCUGGCGUUGCUGCCAAAUGCAUGCAACAGCAGCAGCAGCAGCAGCAGCAGCAGCAUCUUCUUGUUCUUCUUCUGCUGCUGCUGUACUAAAACAAUUUGAUUCUUCUUGUCCUGUCUCUUCUUCUCUCAUGCGUCGCCGUGUCUCGCGGAGAGGUCUGUGGGCCAGCAGCAGCAGCAGCAGCACCCCUGCAGCAGUAGCUGCAGCAGCAGCAGCAGCAGCAGGAGAUUCAUUAGGCUCUGUUAGGGAACCUGCAGCUGUUUGUCUCCUUCGUGAGGUUGGCCUUCUUUUUGUUAAUGAGGAUGCAGAUACAAAUGAUUUCCCUGAGGAUCCUGCUGCUGCUGCUGCAGCAGCAACAGGGGCAACAACAGCAGCAACAACAGCAACAGCAGCAGCAGCAGCAGAAACACCAAAAGCAGCAGCACCUCUAGCAGCAGUGUACAGCAGCCUUGGUGUCUGCGCCGUGCAGCUGCUUACAAGGGCAUUUUGA